AUGCAGAUUUUCGUCAAGACUUUGACUGGCAAGACCAUCACCCUCGAGGUCGAGUCGUCGGAUACCAUCGACAAUGUUAAGCAAAAGAUUCAGGACAAGGAGGGCAUUCCCCCCGACCAGCAGCGCUUGAUUUUCGCCGGCAAGCAGUUGGAGGAUGGCCGCACCCUUUCCGACUACAACAUCCAGAAGGAGUCUACCCUCCACCUUGUCCUCCGCCUGCGCGGUGGUAUGCAAAUCUUCGUCAAGACUCUUACCGGCAAAACAAUUACUCUCGAGGUUGAAUCUUCCGACACCAUCGACAACGUGAAGCAAAAGAUUCAGGACAAGGAGGGUAUCCCACCUGAUCAGCAGCGUCUCAUUUUCGCUGGAAAGCAGCUCGAGGAUGGUCGCACCCUCUCCGACUACAACAUUCAGAAGGAGAGCACCCUGCACUUGGUGCUCCGUCUUCGUGGUGGUAUGCAGAUUUUCGUCAAGACCCUGACGGGCAAGACGAUUACGCUGGAAGUCGAGUCCUCGGAUACGAUUGACAACGUGAAGCAAAAGAUCCAGGAUAAGGAGGGUAUCCCGCCUGACCAGCAGCGUCUGAUCUUUGCUGGUAAGCAGUUGGAGGAUGGCCGGACCCUCUCUGAUUACAACAUUCAGAAGGAGAGCACUCUUCACUUGGUGCUGCGUCUCCGUGGCGGCCAGUAA